CGCUUCCCGAUCACUCAGCGCGCGGAAGCAGACGAGCGCUUGCUGCUGGGGAGGGCUCGCGUGUGCAUGCAGAGCCCCGUCCCGUUUGCUGGCUGGGCGGGGGCGCUGUAGAGGGGGCGGCUUUUCGGGGAGCGUGGGCCAUCCAGAUUGUUCUGUACCAGCCUGCUUGACUUUUGCCCCAGUCAGUGCCUUUGCUAUGGCAUCUGUGCCUUCAGCUGGCUGCCUCCUGGCCAAGAAUCAGUACUACAGAACUCGAUUGAAUUCUGAAUCCAGUGUUUCGUCAGGCAGUUCAUCCUUCUGUUCUGAUCCCGUGAACUUCUCAGACCAGGAUAAAGCCCAUCAUGGGUUACCUGAAUUAUUUGAUAAAUGCUGGUGGAUAAAAAACUUUUUCCACUCUGAACCAUCUUCUUCUCCAAACGUAAAUGGAAAAACAAUAUCGACCAGCAGUGUUGCAAGUUGACUUUACCUGCAGUGAUGUUACUCAUAUAGACUCAUUUCUCUAAAGCUCAGGGUCUUUCAGAUGGCUGCAUUCAGCUGUGUGAAGAAAAUAUACUGCUUGAAACUUCACUUCCACGAGAAAGUAGACGUUCACAAAGAUUUGUCAGUAGCUUAAAUGAUUUUGCUUAAGGCAGGCAUAGUUUCUACCUAUGCUGUCCGUUACUGAGUUGUUAAUGUUUGAUAAUUUCCAUUUAAAAAUAUUAAGAAUACAUUUAAAUGGAUUUAAUAUCCUAAUGACUAGCUUAUAUCACUGGAAGAAAUGACAGUAAAAAGUAAGAUCAGCAUAAAGUGGCCAGUGAUUAUCUAGGUUUUAUUUCUCUAAGUUGAAAAGCUUCUGUGGACUGUUAGUGUCAAAAAUUUUCAAGGGUGCUCUGACUUAAAACAGAACAGUUUGUGUUUGAAAUGUCUAUUCAGUAAGUAGUAUUUUCCCAUAAGCUUAAGUUUUACUAUAUCAACUAUGCUGACAUAAAUGGAUAUGAAUUCGUUUCAGAUUAACAGAUUCUUGUUUUAUAUAAUGGAUCUGGCACAUCUUUCCCAAGUGCCAGGUAUAGCAGGUACAUGCUGUUAAGAAGGAAGUUUACAAAAACGUCAAUAGU